UGCCGUCGUGGACAGAGACGACGUAACCUUAUGUCUAACGUAAACAUUAAUAUUAAGUCGAUUUUCAUUCUAUAUUUUGUAAAACUUCAAGAUUCCAAUUAAUAAACAGCCAUGUCAUUGCGGGAGAAACAGACUGGGGCUUUGAAGCGAAUGCUGAAUUUCAAUGUUACUCCUACUAAAGCAGCAGUGAUGGAACCUACAUGGAAGGUUCUAAUAUAUGACAGAUGUGGUCAAGACAUUAUUUCACCUCUCUUAUCUGUAAAAGAACUGCGUGAGAUGGGAGUGACUCUACAUCUACUUCUUCACAGUGAUAGAGAUCAAAUACCAGAUGUACCAGCUAUUUAUUUUGUCCUUCCAACCUUAGAAAAUGUUACAAGGAUUUCUCAGGACUUUCAAAACCAGCUGUAUGACCACUUUUAUCUCAAUUUUAUCUCACCAAUAUCCAGACACAAACUAGAAGACCUUGCUAGUGCUGCUUUACAAGCCAGCUGUGUUUCAUCUGUAGAGAAAGUAUUUGACCAACACCUAAACUUCAUCACUUUAGAAGAUGAUCUUUUUGUUCUCAAACAUCAAGACAAAGAUAGCAUAUCAUAUUAUGCAAUCAAUAAAGGAGAUGUAAAAGACACAGAAAUGGAAGCUAUUAUGGAUAACAUUGUAGACUGCCUCUUUUCAGUAUUUGCUACUUUAGGUGCUGUACCAAUUAUACGAAGUCCAAGGGGGAAUGCAGCAGAAAUGGUAGCUGAGAAACUAGACAAAAAAUUAAGAGAAAACAUUAGAGAUUCAAGAAACAGUUUGUUUACAUCUGAUGCAUUGUCAGGACAGUUUAGUUUUCAACGUCCACUCCUAGUUGUUUUAGACAGAAAUCUAGACAUGGCUACUCCUUUACAUCACACGUGGACAUACCAGGCUCUUGCCCAUGAUGUUUUGAAACUAGAAUUAAAUCAGGUGACUAUAGAAGAGACAGAAGAAAAACCUGGUCAUGUUGGGGCAAAGCCAAGGAAGAAGAUAAAGUGUUUUGACCUAAAUCCAUUGGAUAGGUUUUGGGAACAACAUAAAGGAAGUCCUUUUCCAUCAGUUGCAGAAGCUGUACAGGAAGAGCUAGAAUCUUAUAGAGCCUCAGAAGAAGAAGUUAAAAGAUUAAAAACAGUGAUGGGGUUAGAAGGUGAUACUGAUGAAGCCAUAAGUAUGAUCUCUGACAACACAGCAAAACUUACAUCAGCAGUCAGUUCCCUGCCUGAACUGUUGGAAAAGAAAAGAUUAAUUGAUCUUCAUACAACAAUAGCAACUGCUAUUUUAGAUCAUAUUAAGAGUAGAAAAUUGGACAUCUACUUUGAAGUUGAAGAAAAGAUUAUGAGCAAAUCCUCCUUGGAAAGGUCUUUAAUGGAUAUGAUAAACAAUUCAGAAGCUGGUACACCUGAUGAUAAAAUGAGACUGUUUCUAAUCUUCUUUCUUUGUGGACCACAAAUGACUGAUGCAGAGGUUGAUCAGUAUGCCACAGCUCUGAAAGAUGCAGGGUGUGACUUGGGACCACUACAGUAUAUGAGACGAUGGAAAGCAUACCAUAAGAUGGUCUUAAACACAAGUCAGUAUGCUGGCGGAGGAACUAGAACUGUUAACAUGUUUUCUAAACUAUUGUCCCAAGGCUCCCAGUUUGUAAUGGAAGGAGUGAAAAACAUUGCUUUGAAAAAACAUAACCUUCCUAUUACAAGAGUUGUGGAUUCAUUGAUGGAAAUGAAAUCUUUACAAGAGACUGAUGAUUAUCGGUAUUUUGAUCCCAAACUUCUCAGGGUAACUGAUAGUUCUACAAUUCCAAGGGAUAGGAAGUUUCAAGAGGCUAUUGUAUUUGUUGUUGGAGGUGGAAAUUAUAUUGAAUAUCAAAACCUCAUUGACUACACAAAGAGCAAACCUGGAACCCCAAACAAAAGCAUAGUUUAUGGAUGUUCGGACUUGAUGAAUUCUACAUUGUUCCUUAAACAACUCUCAAUUUUAGGAAAUGAAAUGACUUGAAUGGAAGUUGAAUUAGAAUCAUUUUUUAUCAUCUCGUGUAUUAAAGGAUUUGCAUUUUUGAAGACUGAAUAAUUAAAUUUUGUGUUUGAAAUAUAUUGAAAAGUAUCAUUUUAAUUUGUAAGAAAUAUUAAAAUAGUUAUGUGUAAAAGAACUUUCAGCAUAAAAACAUUUGUGCUCAUUAUUAAAUGAUAUUAUUGAGUUAGAGAUGCAUUUUUCAUUAAAAAAUGUUAAAACUUAGUGAAACAGUAUUCUCAUCUGCUAAAUCAAGGUAACUGUAAUUGAAAGAUGAAAAUAUUUUAUCAUUAAUAAAAAUGUAUUUGUUCUUCA